UUUACUCAUCUUCCUUACUCUCUCUCUCUCUCUCUCUCUCUCUCUCUCUCUCUCUCUCUCUCACUCUCACACACACACACACACACACACACAAUCUCUCCACAGAGACAAGCAUUCCGGCGACUUCUCGGAUCAAUCUCCGACGACGAUAAGUGAUGGGGAACCAAUGACUCAAGCGAUCAGGGACGACGGCGAUCAUCAUCAUCGUCAUCAUCAUCAUGUCGACUGUAUGGAGCUCGGACUGUUUUUCGGACCUCUUGUGCGCGGAAAACUCCGGAAUACUGUCCGGAGAGUCGCCGGAAUGCUCGUCGGACGUGGAAUCUCCGGCGUGUAGCGAAGAAUCCAUCGCCGGAUUCAUCGAAGGGGAGCGCCACUUCGUCCCCGGUUUCGAUUACUUGUCUCGCUUCCACUCUCAGUCGCUCGACGUCACCGCCAGAGCCGACUCCGUUGCAUGGAUUCUCAAGGUCCAAAGUUACUAUGGGUUUCAACCACUGACGGCGUAUCUCUCCGUUAACUACUUGGAUCGGUUCUUAUACUCCCACCGCCUGCCGCAAGCAAAUGGGUGGCCGAUGCAACUUUUAAGUGUUGCUUGCUUGUCCUUAGCUGCUAAGAUGGAGGAACCUCUGGUUCCUUCGCUGUUGGAUCUUCAGGUGGAAGGUGCCAAGUUUAUAUUCGAACCCAGAACAGUCCGCAGGAUGGAGCUUCUGGUGCUGAGCGUUUUGGAUUGGAGGCUACGAUCCAUAACACCCUUCUGCUUCAUCGCUUUCUUUGCAUGCAAGCUCGAUCCAACGGCAACUUUCAUUGGCUUUCUCAUUUCACGCGCCACGGAUAUCAUCUUAUCCAAUAUCCAGGAAUCUAGCUUUCUUGAAUAUUGGCCAUCAUGCAUUGCUGCGGCAGCAAUACUCUCUGCAGCCGAUGAAAUCCCAAAUCUGUCACUUGAAAACCCUGAACAUGCCGAAUCAUGGUGUGAUGGACUAAGCAAAGAGAAAAUCAUCGGAUGCUAUCGAUUAAUGCAAGAUCUAGUGGUUGGAAAUAGUCGGAAUAAAAAGUCAUCACCCAAUGUGCUACCACUCCAACUCCGAGUUACGGUUAGGGGUAGAAUGAGGUCGAGUUCGGACUCAUCGUCCUCGUCAUCGAUCUCAUUAUCUUCGCCAUCGUCAUCAUCACCGAUAUCAUAUAAAAGGAGGAAACUAAAUAACUGCUUGUGGGUAGAUGAUGACAAAGGAAACUCCGAGUAAGGGGAUAUGGGAAUUAUAAAUAAAAGGGAAAUGAAAAUGGUGGUCCAAAAGUUGUCUAGAAACCUCAUAUUUUUAGGAGGGGUUUUGGGAUUAAAAAUACCUGAUCGUGGGGUUUUGUGUAGAUUAUAGUAUAUAUAAUGUCUGUAUGUAUAAGAGUUUGGUGAGUUUUGGAGAUAUUUUAUUAUUUUAUUUGUUGUUUUUGUUGGUGGGCAUUGCCAUUAUUCAUUAUAUAAUGGCUUUGCCGAUUCCCAAGGGAGGGGGAUUUGUUUUAGUAAAGAGAUAUGAUUUAUAAAAAUAGUGGAGUCAUGGAAGCGCGAAUGAAGUGGGAUUGAAUUCAAAGGCCUCAUUGAAGUUGGUGGGACAUGAAAACAAGGAAAGAAAAGAAAGGGUUGGCAAAAUUAGGGAUCCAGCUUUGAAGUUUGAGCAGUUUUUGCUGAAUGAGACCAAUAUGGAGUCAAAUGAAAUUGGAAUACAAGAAUCUAUGCUUUUGUGAGCGCUACGACGCAGUUUGAGAACAAAGAUAAUAUGAUUCGUGUGCCGUUGUUUAAGUUUUUCUCCUCAUCUAGGUUGAUUAUUGCUUCUGACUCCUCAACUGUGUGCGUUUUUUGACGGGAAAACCAAAUGAACGGGUGGAGGUGAAGACUGAAUACGAUCGGUGGCUUCACCCAUUUUGGACUUUUGAGUGGUGUGUGUGCUCUCCCACACUGCUUUGGUGGCAGAGUGCGUGGCGCACACCUGUCUAUGUGUGCAUUUUUGGCGGGAAAUUGCCUGUUUUAUUGGCCUUGAGUGGGCCUAUAACCAUACUGAUGAACUCUGGUGUUCACACGGGUGGUGCAUGGUCACUCGUGUCUACGCCUUUUUUAUUUCUCUUCAUUUAUUUGAUUUUUUUAUUUAAAGAAAAAAAAAUCACGAGGGGGAGAAACCUCCUUAGUAUUGUCCUAAAAAAAUACAAAGGUCUUUGGGGCCUUUUCAUGUGUGCUGUAUUUGAUUCAUCAUCAAUAAAAUAUCAUCAAUACUUCUUUCGUA